GAUGAGCCAAUCAAGAGUGAACGUAGGAAAUAUCCAUCGUAAGAAACCAUGUCGUUUUCAGAGAAACCUUCGAAUCCUAAUAACCCAAUAGUCUUCUUUGAUAUAAAGAUUGGUACAGUGGAGGCAGGCAGAAUACAAUUUGAAUUAUUUGCAGAUUCAGUUCCAAAAACAGCACAAAAUUUCAGACAGUUUUGUACAGGUGAACAUAGAAGAGAUGGUGUUCCAAUUGGUUACAAAGGAUCAGUUUUUCAUAGGGUAAUAAAAGAAUUUAUGGUACAAGGUGGUGAUUUUGUGAAGGGAGAUGGAACUGGAAUGACUAGUAUUUAUGGUGGUCCAUUUGCUGAUGAAAAUUUUAAAAUGAAACAUACAGGACCUGGUAUUUUAAGCAUGGCCAACAGUGGAAGAGAUACAAAUGGUUGUCAGUUUUUUAUUACCUGUGCUAAAACAGAUUUCCUGGAUAACAAGCAUGUAGUUUUUGGAAAAGUUAUUGAUGGCCAUCUUGUUUUGCGGAAAAUAGAAAACGUUCCAACAGGACCAAACAACAAGCCUAAAAUACCUGUGACUAUAUCUCAAUGUGGUGAAAUGUGACAAAGGAGUUUGUGUUUUCACCAAAAAUGAGAAAAUACAUGCCAUACAACAAAAGAGGAUGUGGUUCAAUGUUUAGUACAAGCAUAUGUCACUGUUUUAAAAUUUGUAGAUAAACUGGUUCUUUUGCAAUGUUAAAUGUUAUAAGUCUGUGUGGGAUGGAAAAUGACAUCUAAUUUGAGAAUAUUGCUGGAUCAAAAAAUGAAAAUUCAAUAAUGCGUAGAUUUCUAACCCUGUAAAUAAAAACGAUUC